AUGGCAGCCCCAUCAACUCUUCAAUACACUCCGCUUACCGAACGGGCGCACCAAGCAAUCUCAUCCGCCAUUCCUAACGAUGCGCUUGUUGAGGAACGAGUCAAGCAGUUCUCAGACGUCGCACCAAGGGCGCCCGAUGAGGAUGGAGAUGUCGAAACCCUCGAAGGUGUAAAGUUCACGCACCACAUUACCACCGCACCAGGCGACUACGAGAUCAUAAAGUGGCACUAUGCGACGGCGGGCUCCCCAUCGACCGAAGCCAUUGUCUUCUUACAUGGCAUCCCUGACUCCUGGUUCCAAUGGCACUAUCAAAUGGCGAAGCUGUCGAAAUCGUACUACUGCGUCUCCGUCGACCUCAAAGGAUACGGGCAAUCUGAGAAAGCGGCGGGGACGUACUUGCACGAGGAUGUCGCAGAGCAGCUAUACGCCCUGCUUACGCAGAUUGGACUGAAGAAAUUCAACCUAGUCACCCACGACCGAGGUACUGUGCAGGCGGACUUCAUUGUCGCGAAGCAUCCGGGAAGCGUCCUGAGGUACGGUCGUGGCGAACAGCACCUGUGGCAUUUCAACCCCACGCUUUCCCCGCAAGGUCUGAUCUUCCAAAACGCGCCUUACUCGGGAAUAAUGAAUGAUCCAAAGCGAUUCGUCAUUUGGACAUAUACUUUUGUCGCGGGUUCUUUCCCUCCAAACGAUAUCAUGGCUCGCGUCAUGCAAGAAUUUUCGUACGAUGAAGUUACGAAGGCAGUACCUCGGUACUUCAAUAGUAGCACUUUUCGACAAGAGUGGAUCAAGAGGAGGGAACUUAUUCCGCAGUGGAAGUGUCCGGUACUCGUCUUGGAAGGGAAGGAGAGCCGAAGCCAGCCAUUCGAGUUCUAUGAUGCUAAGGACGUCAAUGAGUGGUUGAGUGGCGCGAAGCGCACCGGCGUGCGGUUUGUGGAAGGGGGUCAUUUCUGGAGUUUGGAGAGCCCGGAGGACACGUAUCAAGCGGUCUUAGAGUUGUUGGAUAUGGAACUCUAA